AUGAACCAUUACAAUCAUUAUCUUGUCAAAUAUACUCAACUCAAUCUAUGUGAAAAUGACUACCUACGCACAGUAUGGUCGUCUAUACUUGAAUUCCUUUUCCCGCCGAAAGAAAAAGUUCGGAUUAUUAUUGGUGAAUCUGAAAAUAAGCAUACUACAAAAGAAAAGGCAUAUCUCUAUAGAAAUUCAAGCAAUAUUCAUGGAUUCAAGAUUAAUAUAAGACUUGUGGUUGAUAUUGGUGGAGAUGAGGCUGAUCUAGUCGUCAGUGAAUGUGCCAAGAAUGAUGAAGAUAACAAAAUAAUACAAGACGAAGAAAAGCUAUUAAGAAAAAGCAAAGAUGCUCUUGAUGGUAUGAUACAGAAUGUCUCAGGAUCCGAUUGUUGUCUUGCAGCUUAUUUCACGCAAUUCAAUGGGACUUCUUGUGCUUUGUCUACAACACACUUGGCUGCUAAUGGACUCUAUGUAUCAACAUAG